CGAUAAGGCGAUUUAUGGUAAACGCCCUUAUCCUUUCUAUCCGAUUGCGAUUUCCAUUCGCUCUCUCUGUUUUCUUCAUCGACACAUCUAACCAGUCACUUCACUGCAAACAAUUUUGCUGGCGCAAAGGGAGAUGAUAUAGACGAUUUGCAGCAUUUUGAGCUUUGGAAUUUGAAUUUCUGCGCUUGAACAAGAUCAUGUCGUGCAUUCACAACACCCCAUUACCUUGUUUCUCUGCUUCCUCUUCUUCUUUCCCCAGAAGAAAUCGAUGCGCUUCUUUUAAGUCUCGAAUCCACUGUACUCUUGGAGGAACUGUAGCAGAACCAAAAUCUACCACUUCUGCAGAACCGUUGUUGCUUAAUGCUGUUCGUGGUGAGGAUGUCGAAAGACCUCCAGUUUGGUUGAUGAGGCAAGCAGGGAGGUACAUGAAGAGUUACCAAGUCAUUUGUGAAAAAUACCCUUCAUUUCGUCAAAGGUCCGAAAAUACGGAUCUUGUUGUGGAAAUUUCGCUUCAGCCUUGGAAAGUCUUUAAACCUGAUGGGGUGAUCUUAUUCUCAGACAUUCUCACUCCGCUAUCCGGGAUGAAUAUUCCCUUCGACAUCGUCAAAGGUAAGGGUCCGAUCAUUGCUAACCCUAUAAGCGAAGCUUCUCAAGUGAAUGAAGUGAGGGAGUUUGUCCCUGAAGAGAAUGUUCCAUAUGUUGGGGAAGCUUUAACGAUUCUGCGAAAAGAGGUUGACAACAAAGCAGCAGUUCUUGGUUUCGUUGGGGCUCCUUUCACCCUUGCAUCAUACGUGGUCGAAGGUGGUUCGUCGAAGCACUUUUCAAAAAUAAAAAGGCUCGCUUUCUCUCAGCCAAAGGUUCUUCAUGCAUUGCUCCAGAAGUUUACAAGCUCAAUGGCUAGGUACGUUCAAUACCAAGCAGACAACGGAGCGCAAGCCGUUCAAAUCUUCGAUUCGUGGGCGACAGAGCUCAGCCCCGUGGACUUCGAAGAAUUCAGUCUCCCAUACUUGAAGCAGAUUGUGGACUCUGUGAAGAAAACACAUCCAGACCUUCCACUGAUUCUGUAUGCCAGUGGGUCUGGAGGCUUACUUGAAAGGCUGGCUUCAACUGGUGUCGACGUAGUUAGCUUAGAUUGGACGGUCGACAUGGCUGAAGGUAGGAGGCGAUUAGGAGCAGACAUAGCAGUACAGGGUAAUGUCGACCCUGGCGUUCUCUUCGGGUCCAAGGAGUUCAUCACCCAAAGGAUAAAUGAUACUGUGAAGAAGGCAGGUAAAGGGAAGCACAUAUUGAAUCUAGGCCAUGGCAUUGUUGUGGGUACACCUGAGGAAAGUGUAGCUCAUUUCUUUGAGGUUGCUAAAGGAAUUAGGUAUUAGUAGAGAUUGCUGAGAUUGAUUGAUUUGUUCUGUUUAGUUGAAUUUUUGUAGUGUUGUAAACUUAAUCUUCUCUGUGUGGGUCUCAAACAACAUUAGGGACUCGUUCUCGAUGAUGUUAAUUUAGUUGUUCAUCCAACUUAAUCAUA